UCCCGGCCAGGGCAACAGUCAUAGUGGCAACGGCGACCAGGGAAGCAGCAGCGGUGCCGCGGCCAGCUGAUGGUUGACGGUGGCGACAUCAGCGGCGAUGAGGACUAUACCUUCUUCUACCCCACCUCGACUGCUAGCCGUCAUCUUUUUAUGUUUUAAAUUAUGUUUUCAUUUUAUCUAUGUAAAAACCGCCUAAAUAUGAACAGCCUUCGUCUAAAUAUGAUUGAAUUUGCCCCUACUAAUGGGACGGCAAACGGAGGCCGAAUACUUAUUCGGCCCUCUUUCUAUCUAGAAAACUAAACUCGGUCCCAACACGUGACCGGAUCCGGAUCCAGUUCGAUCUGGGCUGCAAAUCUAUUUCCUCCCCGAUUCCGACUUAAUAUCCAACACCGAUUCCUUUUUCCUCCAUAAAUUGAUCGACACCCAGCGGCGGCAUCGAGUCAACAAAGAACAAAAAAGCAGUACUCCAGUACGGAUCUAAGGGAAAAUGAAGUAUUUCUGGGCGGAUAGUGAUCUCGGUGAGAAGAAGGAGCCUUUGGCGGAUGAAGAUGAGCAUAUGCAGACCGAGGAUGAAGAUGAGGAUAUGCAGGAGGAGGAGGAUAUCAGAUAUGAGAAUGAAGAUGUCAUCUUGCCCGCCUCCCUGUGUCCGCCUGCUCAUGGACAAGACGGCGAUCCAUGGAGCGGCUUCGUGCUCCUUGACCUCCAGGCUUACUUCUCCGAACGCCGCAACGCCACCACCGCGUCCUGCGAGAUGAGGGGCGGCAAGGGGAUCAUCCAUGUCACCUUCUGCUCCGCCGCCCCGCCGCUGGUAUCCUACUUCUGCGUCCACUACAGCGGCAGCUUGAAGCUCUCGCAUUUCGCGGUGCAGCCCGAAAUCGUCGCCUCGGACGGCGGCCUCGCCCUCCUCCGCGUGCCCCUUGGCGAUGAAAGCGAUAGCUUGGACCCCGACAUCAGCGAAUACUUCAUCUAUCACGCCGGCAUCAUGGGGCAGAGCCCAACCCUCACGGAGCUCCCGCACCCCAGACCCUAUGAACUCCUCGACCACCACACCAGCAUCGUGCGCCACUGCCCCAACCGCCACCGCCACCGCGACAACCAUGACUGCGCUCACUGCAGCUACACCAUCGGCUCGCUCUGCCCCGCGCACACACAGCACUCUUACCAAUACCAACUCAUUCUGCUUCACAAGGACACCAUGGCCUGGAGCUGCGAGACCAUCCCGAUAGACAAGGAGACGGCCAACUCUCACCCUUGCACUACCAAUACCAUCAACAUCGGGGGAAAGCAUGGCACCGUGGGCUGGGUCGAUCUCUGGCAGGGCAUACUCUUCUGCGACAUGCUCGCCUCCGAGGGACGGCGCGCACUUCGCUACGUCCCGCUGCCGCCGCCUCUCGUGGAGAAGAGGGGUGUCUAUAUGGGCCCUCCGAGAUGUUGUCGGGACAUUGCCGUCGUAGAUGGUUUCAUCAAGUGCGUCCAUCUGCAGGUCCGGGUUGUGCUUGGUUCGUCCACCUAUGACGGCGGAUUCACCUCAGAUGGAUGGUCAGCUGCACUAUGGAGCAUGGAGAUCACCGACUCGCUGUCGGAGCCAUGGUACCUGGACUGUAAGCUCGAUUCCACUGACCUGUGUGAUUCUCUGCCUGAACUGAAGGUCGAUGCCGGUACGACGCAGCCGACGUUGCAGAGGCUCCACAUAGGCCAGCCCACCCUGAGCCUGAAGGACGACGGCGUCGUAUACUUCCUCACAAAGAUCGACCACCGGGACGACGACCGCAACGGGUGGGUGCUCCCUGUUGACACGGCGAAAAAGACGAUACAGGGUGUGGCUGAAUUCGGAUGUGAAAGAACGCUUGGUUUUGAACUGGUGUACAUUGCAAGUAGGAUAGCUGAAUAUCUCCAGGUCACUCCAGGUGAUACGGACAAGAUAUAUUCAACGGAGAGUGCUCUAGCUAAACCAGUGAAGGAUGAUCACGCACCAAGCAAGGAUAUUUUCCAUUAG